AUGAUCUCUGAAUAUUUACACAAAUAUGCCGACAUUAUUGAUGCAUACGAACAGCUAUUUUGCUUAAGUUCAACUGACUCAGCAGACCGUGUUCUUGAUUUGAUAUCAUCGAUUAUUAUCACAAAGUAUAAAGUACCAGUGAACGAUAUUAUAGGAAGUGUUCUCUUAGCAGCUCAAUUUAACUAUCGAUCAAUAAUUUUAUAUUUCAAAAUUAUUGUGCAUCUUCUUGCUAAACUUUAUGAUGUUCCAAAUUUAAGUAUAAUUGAUGAAAAUGUUGAAUUGUUUUUGACAAAAGAAUUUGGCUCAGCCGAAAUCAAUCAAAUCGAAGAAUCGUUUCCAAAAGAAGAUGAAAUUCAAUACAUUAUUAUGUAUGAUCAAAUCGAUAGAUUUAGAGAAUAUGUUACAAAUCACUCAAUAGAUCAAUUCUCAAUGGAUGCAAUGCAAUAUUACAAUCUCUCUCUUGUUGAAGCAUGUUGCUAUUUUGGAUCUGUUAAUAUCUUUUAUUUCCUCAUUUCAAAUUAUGAAAUUGAAAUCAACAAAAAAUGCCUUGAAAUGUCUAUUAUUGGUAGAAAUACAGACAUUAUCAAUGAAUGCAUGAAAAAUAAUGAAUUGGAUAGAAACAUGCUUGAUACAGUUAUGACUUCUCACAACAAUAAAUUCCUCGAAUAUCUUCUCGAAAGAGAUUUGUGUAAACCAGAAGAUUUCUCAUUCAAAUUAAUCAUCAUGUCUCAUAACUUGAAAGGAGUUUUCCUUCUAUUCGAUAAAGAUAAAGAUUCAAUUAUUCCAUGGUGUGCAACAUUUCCACAAUCAAUCGACAUUUUAAGAGAUCAUAUUCAAAAUCUAAAUUUAACAAAGACAGACAAAUACGACAAAAACAUUUUACAUUUUGCAUGUUUACACAAUAAUAUCGAAAUAUGCAAAUUGAUUUUGAAUUCAUCAUUUGCUGAUCAAAAAUUUAUAAAUUCAUUCAAAUUUCCUGACAAAACUGCUCUCCAUUAUGCAAUUAAGAAUAAUAACAAAGAAAUGGUUGAACUUCUUAUUUCACAUGGCGCAGAUGUUAAUGCACAAAAUAAUGGAAGUUAUUCGCCUCUUCAUUAUGCUGUCACUAAAAAUUGUAAUGUUUUGAUUGAAACACUUGUUUCACAUGGUGCUGAUAUCAAUGCAACAUAUGGAUAUGAUAAUACCACAGCUCUUCAUAUUGCAGUUGAAAAUAAUUCUAAAGAAGCAGCACAAAUUCUUAUUUCACUUGGUGCAGAUCUCAAUAUGAAGACAAAGUUUAAAGAAUUCACUCCUCUUCUGAGUGCAGUCUUUGAAAAUAAGAAAGAAAUAGUGGAAUUUCUUAUUUUUUCACGGCGCAGAUAUAAAUGCUACAGACCAUAA